AUGGCUCUGGAUGAGUUUGUCAACUUCCAACAACAGGUGGAGGUGGAGUCAGGGGUGGAGUCUGUCCUGCUGCCCUGCAUAACCAAAGAGAACCUGCCUGGAGAUGUUAGAGUGGAGUGGAAGAGAUCAGACAGGACGGUCCAUGUGUUUGAUAACGGUUCUGAUCGUCCUGAAGAACAGGACCAGCUCUACAGAACCAGAACCAGGAUGAAUGAAGACCUGCUGAGAACUGGAGACCUCAGUCUGACUCUGAGGUUCCCCACAGGUGGAGACAGUGGGUUCUACACCUGCAGCGUCUACAGCAGCAAAGGAGACGUCCUGAUGGUGAAACAAGUUCAGCUAAAGGUCAAAGUCCAACAGGUGGAGGUGGAGUCAGGGGUGGAGUCUGUCCUGCUGCCCUUCACAACCACAGAGAACCUGCCUGGAGACGUUAGAGUGGAGUGGAAGAACUCCUCAAACUGGAAGGUCCAUGUGUUUGAUAACGGUUCUGAUCGUCCUGAAGAACAGGACCAGGCCUUCAGAAACAGAACCAGGAUGAAUGAAGACCUGCUGAGAACUGGAGACCUCAGUCUGACUCUGAGUUAUCCCUGUGAAGUUGGCUUAAAGCGUUUCAGCAGCGGAGGCCUAUUAAUUAAACAUCAUGGGAUCUUCACCUGCAGAGUCUACAGCAGCAAAGGAGAAUUAAUGAUGAUGAAAGAAGUUAAGCUAACAAUCAAAG